AUGGCGGAAGAAAACAAAUGGACUAAGGAAAAAAUAAAAUCUAAAAUAAUUGAUAACGAGCUAGAUUUAAGUCUUUGCAGUAUUACCAGAAUUCCUGUUAAGCAUUUGAUAUCAUUUACAAAAGUGACAGUGUUAGAUUUAUCUUGCAAUAAAAUUAACAUCAUUCCUGAUAAUUUUACAAGUCUUACACAUUUGGUUCAACUUGAUCUUAGUAAAAAUAGCUUAUCAGAACUUCCAGAAGAUUUCGGAAAACUUUUUAAACUAAAAAAACUUGAUCUACUUAAUAAUAACAUAUCAAAUUUACCACUAAGUUUUGGAAAGUUAAAAAAUUUAGUGUGGCUUGAUUUAAAAGGGAAUCCUAUUCAAGAAUUUCUUCCUGAAGUUGUUGGUGAUUGUUUGAAACCAGUGGAAUGUCAAACUUGUGCUAAAAGUGUUGUAGAAUACUAUGAAAACUUACAGUUUAACAAAGAGCAAAAUGAACUAAAAAAGAAAAGAAAGGAGGAAGAGCGUUUAGCAAAGCAACUUAAAGAAGAAGCUAGCUUGCGUCAAAGGAAACGAGAGGAGAGAAAAAAUAAGCAGCAAAAAGCUUUAAAAGAAGAAGAUUUAACAGUUAUAAAACAAGUGGAUAAAAAGAUUGAAGAUCCAAAAGAACAUAAAGCAAAUAUCUCAUCAGCUCGGUUUGUAUGGUUGAUUAGCUUUAUCGCGUUUGCAAUUAUCGUUUUACUAUUCUUAUUUAAAACAGACUUCUGUAAAGUUCAUGUCAUUCAGUACGUAAAUCGCUGGUCGAAAGUAUUGGUGGGUUCUUCAAAGAACAUUAUUUAA